AUGCGCGACGUCUGGGAAGAGGCUGAGAUAGCAAGGCGUAAUGCUAGGCUGCUGAUUGAGGCCCUCGCUUUCACCCAUCCAUCUGAAACGGAUUCCAACGAAAUCAUCCAGGGAUUUUACACGAAGUGUUAUCAGAGCCGAAACCAACUGAUGGAUGAUAUCCCUUGGGCGACCGAACAAGCCGAGCACGCCCGAGCCUAUUAUGAACAACAAGCGGCUGCCGCUCAAUCGGCUCAACCACGAGAGCCGCGGGUAGGGCGAACAAAUCCAUAUGAGAACAAGGGGACUCCGAAUGCAGAGCGUGGGAGUUCGCGAGAAGAGCAGCUGCUGUCGCUGUUACUGUCAGUGAACACCGAGCUGGUCAAUGCCUUUCAGCAGUACGACGAGGUCGAAAGCCUGGCCCGAGCCGAGCGCGAGCUGCAAGAGGCCAAGGAACUGUCGAAACACCAAGCUGGCCGGCAGCACCCCUGGGCUUUGUUUGAGCCAUGGAAACCUCAGUGGCCUCCAAAGAUGCCCCAUCAAGUACCUUCUUAUCUGCCGCCGCCUCGAUUUGCUGAUCUUUGA